GGCGACCGCGGCGGCUCAGCGGCGGGGGCUCGGCCCCGGGGGCUCGGCCCCGGCUCGCCCCACCACACCGUCGGUACGGCGCCAGCCGCAGCUCUGAGGGCAGCGGGGCAGCCGUCGCUGAGAUUACAUCAGAUAUGACUAUGUGAAUAGCCUAGGAUAGCCAAAAGGAAGGACAUGAUGUCAGAAUAACAUACAAAAACAUUUGUGAGGUAUUGCACCUUAGCUGGGAAGAAUUCCAAAUUUGUGUUCUAUAAGAAGUUUCAGAAUUGGGAGGUUGGUUUCAAGUCAUUGAUUCCUCUCAGAUACUUGAAAACAUCUGGGGCAAGGCCAGAAAACCAUGCAGUCAUCAGGGCACAGAUUCCGCGAUAUUGAGCACCACCCGCUUCUUGCUGAAAAUGAAAGCUACGAUUCCUCUUCCUCAGAGGCUGACAUGGCAGAAAGGGUUUGGUUCAUCCGAGAUGGCUGCGGUAUGGUCUGUGCUAUAAUGACAUGGCUGCUGGUUGUCUAUGCAGACUUUGUAGUGACUUUUGUCAUGUUGCUGCCUUCCAAAGACUUUUGGUACUCAGUGAUCAACGGUGUUCUCUUUAACUGCUUGGCAGUACUAGCUUUGUCAUCGCAUCUGAGAACUAUGCUGACUGAUCCAGGGGCUGUACCCAAAGGAAAUGCCACUAAAGAAUACAUGGAUAAUUUGCAAUUGAAACCAGGAGAGGUGAUCUACAAAUGUCCAAAGUGCUGUAGUAUCAAACCUGAACGUGCACACCAUUGCAGUAUUUGCAAACGAUGCAUUCGAAAGAUGGAUCACCACUGCCCAUGGGUGAAUAAUUGUGUGGGGGAGAAAAAUCAGAGAUUUUUUGUUCUGUUUACGAUGUAUAUAGCCCUAAUUUCAGCUCACGCGCUCAUACUGUGUGGGUUUCAGUUUUUCUCCUGUGUCCGAGGGCAGUGGACUGAAUGCAGUGACUUCUCUCCACCUGUAACUGUGAUCCUGAUGAUCUUCUUGUGCCUUGAGGGUUUUCUGUUUCUCACUUUCACUGCAGUCAUGUUUGGCACCCAAAUCCACUCAAUAUGCAAUGAUGAAACGGAGAUUGAAAGACUGAAGAGUGAAAAGCCAACAUGGGAGCGGAGACUGCGUUGGGAAGGAAUGAAAUCUGUUUUUGGGGGUCAGCCUUCACUCCUGUGGAUCAAUCCUUUUGCAGGAUUUCGAAUCAGGCGACUUCUACUGAGAGCAAAGAAAGGAGGACCUGAGUUUUCUGUUUGAGUCUAAUUAUGCUGGAACUUAGAAGAAUACUAUAUAAUAUUUAUUUUGGGGCCAGAGAAGGCUGUCUACAUAUAGUCUGUGACCAGGUGAAACUGAUAUCAGACAUUUGCUUGUAGCAAGCAGAGUUUUAUACGUUUAUUGUCACAGACAUCUCAUUAACUUUCAGAGACGUGAACUGGAUCUGUAAUGGUCUUAAGUGCAAGAUAAUAAAGGAAAAUCACGUGGUCACACUAAAGAAGCCAAAUGUUGUCAUGCUACUGUAAUUUAUUUUGAGAUUUAAUUUUUGUUAAAAUUAAUUUUCAUUUGAUAAAUGGGGAAUUACCUGUGUGUUUUUAUAAAAAGUAUAUAGUUAGGUGCAGUUGUCAAUCAUAAGAAGGAGCAUUAUGGUGAAAGUUGAUCUCAAAUGAGACCUAGCCUUCUAAAUCCAGUUUUCAGGGAAUAGUGGUUUGCUCAGUUUUAAUUUAUAUUUCAGCUUGUCCUAAUAAGCAGAGCUUGUGUCCCACUUCAGGCACACAUUCCUCAUAUGCAAAUGAUUCAAAGGACUGGUGCACACAACAGCAUAACACAUGAGAGGCAGUCUUACACGCCUGCCAAAUGUCUUCCCAGCCUCACAGAAACAUGUCUUGUGUUUGGCAGUAUUAAUCUCAUACAUUUAGGUAAACUCUCAAUCUUCAGUAAACACUACUUUUGACUGAUGACUGUGGUCCAAAUUCCGCCCUUUGAUACGCAUCUCUAGUUCUUAAUGCAUUGAUUCUAGAGGAACUUAAGUUUAGAUGUUUGGGGAUUGUGACUAGUCCUCUGCAGGGAUGAGUGGGACCAGUGACUAUAUCGUCCUGGUCUCCUGUGUGAGAUUAAAAUGAAUGUACUACAGACUGGAGUUAAUUCACAGAAAACAGUUGUCUUUGUAAGGUCUUGCUCAAUCCCUUUUUUUAUUGUGCAGGCGUACAAAACAAAAGCUGUUAAUUUAAUGAUCCCUUAAACAAACACAUCAGAGGACAUCAGAGGAAAGAGGAAUGUACUUUCUCAAGUAGAACAGAUCUUAAAUGCAGAAAGAUCUAUAGUCUUGGGUGACAUGGUUUAGUGUGUGGUGUCCCUGCUCAUGGCAGAGGGGUUGGAACUAGAUGAUCUUAAGGUCCUUUCCAACCCUAACUAUUCUAGGAUUCUAUGAUUUAGAAUUCAACCAUUUUCCAACCAAAUCUAUGAAGAAAUGAGAGCAAUAUAUAUCUAGAACUGCUUUAUGUGGGCCUGGCAAACAACAGUAGUGCUAAGAAAUGUUUAUAAAUCUUCAUGUACUGAAAUACAACCUGCAAGUAAUGAAAUUCA